AUGGAGCUUCGUCAUCUGGAACGGCUGGAAAUCUCCGCCGGGGCCGAAAGCCGGAUCUUCGCCGGAAGCACGAAUCAACCAACUCCUUUCCUUCUAGAAGUCGACGCUGAUUCAGAGUCUAAACCACAACGGCUGAAACUAAGAGAGCUUCCAUCGAAAAACUCGAGAUCUCCUCCUAUCCCGGUCACGAACCACCGCAAGGAUACCCUUUUCAUACAGCUCGAAACAGAAGCCGGCGGCCACAACCGAAGAAGAUACGGCGCGGUCCCAGAGUCAAACGUCGGCGAAAAGCGAUGGUUGAACCACUGUCUCGAAACCAAAACAAAAGCCGCUCAUAAAGGCUGCGACGCCGAGUACCAUUUGAAAGAUGCAAUUCUUGAUGGUGUGAUCCCAUUCAACAAGGCUUAUGGAAUGAGCGCUUUCGAGUACCAUGGGAAAGACCUUAGGUUCAACACGGUCUUCAACAGUGGAAUGUCUAACCAUUCAACCAUCACAAUGAAGAAGAUUCUUGAGACCUAUAAGGGUUUUGAGGGAUUGACUUCUUUGGUUGAUGUUGGUGGUGGCAUUGGUGCUACUCUCAAAAUGAUUGUCUCUAAGUACCCUAACCUUAAAGGCAUCAACUUCGAUCUCCCACAUGUCAUUGAAGAAGCUACUUCUCAUCCAGGUAUUGAACAUGUUGGAGGAGAUAUGUUCGUAAGUGUCCCUAAAGGUGAUGCAAUUUUCAUGAAGUGGAUAUUCCAUGAUUGGAGCGACGAACACUGCGUGAAGUUCUUGAAAAACUGCUACAAGGCGCUUCCAGAUGAUGGAAAAGUGAUAUUAGCAGAAUGUAUACUACCGGAAACACCAGACUCAAGCCUCUCAACAAAACAAGUAGUCCAUGUCGACUGCAUCAUGUUGGCUCACAACCCUGGUGGCAAAGAACGAACCGAGAAAGAGUUCGAGGGGUUAGCUAAAGCAUCAGGCUUCAAAGGCAUCAAAGUUGCAUGCAACGCUUUUGGUGUUUACGUUAUUGAAUUUCUCAAGAAGAUCUAA